UGAUUCUUUUUCUUUUUGAAAACCCUUAUCUUUGACGAAUCUUCUCUCCCACACUUUUUCUUCUUCCUUCUUCAACCUCUACAUCUCCGUCCGUCUAUAUAUCCAUUUCUUCCACAAACCUAUUCACCAUCUCUCUAUCUAAAACCCACAAACAAGUUUUAAUCUUUCUCCUAUUUUUUUUCUUUUCUUCAUCUCCACUCUCACUAGUCCCUCUGCCAUGGCGGCGACACUCAAAGCUUCGAUUUUGCUCAAAACCCUCGACAGUGACAUCGUCGGAGAUGUUUUUUCCGACCAGGGACGUCGUGGGUCCGGUGCUGUUCACGUUAUCAUGGGUCCUAUGUUUUCUGGGAAAUCGACCUCUCUUCUCCGCCGAAUCAAGUCAGAGAUCAGCGUCGGAAGAAGUGUUGCGAUGCUGAAAUCGAGUAAGGAUACGAGAUACGCCAAAGAUUCCGUAGUGACACAUGAUGGAAUUGGAUUCCCUUGUUGGGCUCUUCCAGAUCUCAUGUCAUUUCCUGAUAAAUUCGGACUUGAUGCUUAUAACAAGCUUGAUGUGAUUGGUAUUGAUGAGGCUCAGUUCUUUGGAGAUCUUUAUGAGUUUUGUUGCAAAGCCGCUGAUGAUGAUGGCAAAACUGUGAUUGUUGCAGGCCUUGACGGUGACUAUUUAAGGAGGAGCUUUGGUGCUGUACUUGAUGUUAUACCAAUUGCUGAUUCUGUAACAAAGCUAACUGCAAGGUGUGAGGUUUGUGGACAGAAAGCUUUCUUCACUUUGAGAAAGACUUGUGAUACCAGAACCGAGCUUAUUGGUGGAGCUGAUGUCUAUAUGCCUGUUUGUCGCAAGCAUUACAUCACUAAUCAUAUUGUUAUGAAAGCUUCCAAGAAAGUGUUGGAAGUUGCUGACAAGGCUAGAGCUGAAUCCUGUGUUGCUGCUAUCAUCUAAACUAUCAAUGAUAUAUGUAACAAGUAAUAUAUAUGUUAUAGUGAAAGUUUCUUCUUCAUCUUCUUGUUUUGUUUUACUGGUGUGGGUUUCUCAAUCCUUAUUGUUGUUGUCUUUGAAAAACACUUGUGAUGUUUUUGUACAUAAAUAUAAAUUUGGUGUUUUCUUUA